CGGCGGUGCCUCGGGUCUCGCGAGAGUUGUGCGGGGGAGGAGGCGAGGGGACGGGCAAGAUGGCGUCGGAGGGCGACCUGGGCAGGAAGUGGGACCGGUGUGUGGCGGACUCGGCCGUGAAGCUGGGUGCUGGAUUUGGAUUAGGAAUUGUUUUCUCAGUCAUUUUCUUCAAAAGAAAGACAUGGCCUAUUGCUUUUGGGUCAGGGAUGGGGUUAGGAAUGGCUUAUUCCAAUUGUCAACACGACUUCCAGUCUCCAUAUCUUCUCCAUGGUAAAUUUGUAAAAGAACAGUGACUAAUGGCUGAGACUAUCCCAGUGGGAAGGAAGGAGAAGUCAAUGAUUAUUCCUCAGGAAUACUGAAGUGCCCCUGGAAUAAGCCAACAUUCUUCAGUAACGAUCACCAGUAACUCUUUAUACUCCAACAAACUGUUUCUGUAUAUGAAACAAAGUUCUGUUGCUUGUUUUGUAUAGUGUCUGAAAAGUGCAAGGGAGAGCUCUUCUGGGAAAUAAAUAAAGGAGAAAUGGCCUUCU